UGUGUUUGAAGCUUACCCUACCGCAUAGGUAGAAAAAUAUUCGACAUAUUUCCCUUCCUGCUCUCCCCCUCGUGUUUUAGUUUGGCAUAAAUUGAUGUUUGGAUGAUCGAAAAGUAUUCCCACAAUUUUGUUGAAUACGAGUAGUAAAAUUCUGAAAUUGAAUUAUAGUUAAUUUACAAUUUCGAAGGUAUUACACGCAUCACUAGGUGUUUCUUGUGUGUGAUCGUCGAGUUGAUGUGUUUCGUUUACGUAUCGGUACUUUUUAAAAAUCCACCAUAGUCAAGUUAUUGGAAUAUUUCAUCAGGUACGAAAUGGGCAGCGGUAACAAAUCCGAUGAUAAAAGCAGCGAAGCCGAAGAAGAAUAUUCGGUCGAGAAAAUCCUCGAUAAACGUACUCGUAGCGGUAAAGUGGAAUAUUAUCUGAAAUGGAAAGGUUACGAUGACGACGAGAACACCUGGGAACCGGUGGAAAACCUAGAUUGUCCAGCUCUGAUAGCCGAAUUCGAAGAAAACUAUAAACGAAAAAACGACGAAUCGAGCAGCAAACGUAAACGAGCCCCGCAGACACCUCCGGUCACCUCGACCACCGUCACUAAGCAGAAAAAAAUCGAAAAACCGUCCGAAAAUCGUGGUUUCUCACGUGGCUUAGAAGCUGAGAAAAUCGUCGGCGCUACCGAAUCGGACGGCGUUCUGCAAUUUCUCAUCAAGUGGAAAAAUUGCGAAGAAGUUGAUACCGUCGUGGCUAAAGAAGCGAAUCAGAAAUGUCCUCAGAUCGUCAUCGAUUUCUACGAAGAAAGGCUUACAUGGCAUAAUAUAGAAAAUGGCAAAGUACCCUCGAAGUAAAACAACACUACGUCGACGUUUGUAUAGCUCACGAUGUUCAUAUUUUUUGUACCAUUUUAUUUGUAUUUCUCGUGUCGUCGCUAAAGUUAUAUACUAUAGGGUGACUUAUGAAAUUCUUAUGUAUUAAUUUGUGGAUGAAGAUCUUUAUUAGAAAGUUUGAAUGUAAAUUGUAACUCUAGCAUGAUGGAAAAUCUUUGUGUAUUAACCUAGUAGGUACGUCUUGUGUUUCGUUGUAAGCGUUUUUCUGUACGAGCGUAUGCUUCGACGUGGUUGUUGUAAUGCUUAAUUUCUUCGCUAUUAUUGCCAUGUUUUGAAAUAUAAGAACGCCUUUAUAGGUUUUGAGUGUUUUUAUGUCUCGACAUUAUUGCAUUAAGAAUUAUAUAGUAAUUUAAUUGUAUUGAGGAUUAAUUUAUUCGUAUAAAUAUUAAUUAAGUACAACUCCAACUUUGUUUUGUUUUGUAUUCUUAUAAAUAGAUCGUAAGUUGACGGAUUUUAAGUAUGUAGUGGAACAAUUUAAUAAGUGUAUUUUCUUAUACAGAGUUGUGUCUUGUCUUAUUGAAUACUGAUUUUGUUUUAUUCUGUA